AUGACUUUUCGAUCUACGGGACAGAAGGAACGUUCAAGUCCAGCCAGAAUGUGGCCAAUCUAUAGGUGGCCACGAAUUAAUCUCGUCUACAUCGAAACGAAUGGUUUUGUAAAGAGUUCACCGGCAUUUCUUUUGAGCUCUCCAGUACUCGCCGUCUUUCCUUGCUCCCCUGACAACAAUAUGAGCCCAGAGGCAAACGACAAAUUUAUAGCCUUAUUCGAUAAUCUUAUGAGUGCAAACUUCGUGGACGAUGAUGAUCAUCGGUACAUCAUGGUGUCCGUGGCAAACCUCACGUACUACUAUUCCUUCAAGUCGCAAAUUCGCCUAUGGUCUACAAAACUGACUGCAGCUGCGGGACUAUAUCUUAUGAUAAUGUUUUACUACUGUUUUGCUGAUUUACUAAUGUCAAUACCCUCACUGGUGCUACUAUUGACGUUUUUGUUGGCAACGUCAUGUGUGACCGCGGUGGCUGCUGGAUCAGUUUGUCAAUAUGGCCACGCAUCCUACAUUCGCCUCAUUGGAACUUUAGCCCAAAUAGCUAGCAGUUCAAUGUUCGUGAUAAAUAUGUUCGGCGAAAGGACAGAAAGGGUACAAGUGUGGUCGAGGAUUCUCUUCUAUGGCGCGCAAGCGCUUCUGUUUCUAGCAAACGAGAGAACAUUUUAA